AUGAUAUUUCUAUUGUGUUUAAUAACUUAUGUGAAUUUCAUUACAUCGAAUCCAACGUCACAAGCAGAUUACCUUCUACAAGAAGAAGCGAAUACAACAAUCUCAGAUUUGAACGAAGAUUCGACUGGGGAGUUUACAGUUACUGAAAUGUCAUCUACAUCAAUAGAUUCUGAACCCAUUAUAAAAUCUGACCAUGAUGCUUCAUCGGUUGAAGAAGUUACUUCCAAUGAACCGGACGAAACAACCACUGAAUCUGAUGAACCUAUGUUCGACAAUGAUCAACACAACGGUGAUAACCAUCAAUCAUCUGAACAUCAUAAUGAUAACCAAGAAAAUCAUGAGGAUGACCACGAGCACGAUCGUAAACAUGAACAUGAGCAUGAUCACGAACAUCAUCAUGAACACAAAAAUGACUACAACAAGGCAGACAUACAUAAAAGAACCAGAGGUAAACAUUCUGACUCAACUAAUCCAAAAAAAGUCAAUAAAUUAUAA